CGUUUCUCUUGCUCUCUUUUGGCCGAGAAGGGAAACUAGCGAAGAUCCGAACUCUAGGGUUUAGAUCGGGAAGUGCAUUCGUAGAAUCUGAAAGAUCUCGUCGCAAAGGCACCGCCGUCAUCGCGGGCGACGGACGCCGUUGCUAUCUCUCGGUUCCCCUUCCUAGUCGAUCGCAUUGGAUCUGAGCUUUGCUCGUCGUGGUGAUGUGAAUUGAUCCCGGCGAGAGCUUCUGGUUUUGGGUCCACGCGUCGUCUCGAAACUCCUCAUAAUUCUUAGAUAUAGCCUGUCCACAUGGGUUCCAAGUUAGUGGAGGAACUGCUAGAGAAUUCUGUAGGAGUUCACUUUUCUGGACUUCACGUGGAUGAUAUAGAACUAAGAAAUUCUGAACAGCAGCUGCUAGCAACCGCUGAGACCGAGAAUGGCUGCAGAGAACCCUUCGUAAUAGGUGUUGCUGGUGGUGCAGCUGCUGGAAAGACUGCUGUUUGUGAUAUGAUCAUAGAGAAACUUCAUGAUCAACGUGUUGUCCUUGUGAAUCAGGAAUCUUUUUAUUAUGAUUUGGCAGAAGAGGAGUUGAAUCAUGUACAUGAAUAUAACUUUGACCAUCCAGAUGCUUUUGACACUGAAAAUUUGCUUUGCUGUAUGGAGAAGCUGAGGCAUGGGCUAGCUGUUGAUGUCCCAAACUAUGAUUUCAAAUCUAACAAGAGGAAAUUGCCAGCAAGAAAGGUCAAUCCUUCAGAUGUAAUUAUUUUGGAAGGGAUUUUAGUAUUCCACGAUCCACGUGUUCGAGAAAUGAUGAACAUGAAGAUAUUUGUUGAUACAGAUGCUGAUGUCCGAUUGGCAAGGAGGAUAAGACGUGAUACUGAAGAGAAGGGAAGAGAUCUCAAGACAGUACUUGACCAGUACUCAAAAUUUGUAAAACCUGCUUUUGAUGACUUCAUACUCCCAACAAAGAAGUAUGCUGAUAUCAUCAUUCCCCGUGGUGGAGAUAAUCAUGUGGCAAUUGACUUAAUUGUGGAACAUAUCCGUACAAAACUUGGUCAGCAUAAUCUCUGUAAAAUAUAUCCAAACCUUUCUGUCAUCCAGUCGACAUUCCAGAUUCGUGGCAUGCAUACGCUCAUACGUGAUGCCAAAACAACUACACAUGAUUUCAUAUUUUAUUCUGAUCGGUUGAUUCGUUUGGUUGUUGAACAUGGUCUAGGUCAUCUUCCAUUUAAGGAAAAGCAGGUGAUCACACCAACAGGAUCUGUUUAUACUGGAGUAGAAUUUUGUAAAAGGUUAUGUGGCAUUUCCAUUAUCAGAAGCGGUGAAAGUAUGGAAAAUGCUCUGCGGGCAUGUUGUAAAGGCAUCAAGAUCGGGAAGAUCCUUAUUCAUAGGGAAGGUGAUAAUGGUCAGCAGUUAAUUUAUCACAAUCUUCCAAAGGACAUUGAAGAUAGAAAUGUGCUGCUUUUGGAUCCCAUACUAGGCACAGGGAACUCAGCUGUUCAAGCUAUCUCUUUGCUCUUACAAAAUGGAGUUCAAGAAAGCAAUAUAAUAUUUCUCAAUCUCAUUUCUGCUCCUCAAGGAGUGCAUGUUGUUUGCAAAAGAUUCCCAAGAAUCAAGAUUGUAACAUCUGAGAUAGAAUUCGGUUUAAACGAAGACUUCCGUGUUGUUCCUGGAAUGGGAGAGUUUGGAGAUAGGUAUUUUGGGACAGAUGAUGAUUAGGAGGCAAUCUUGUUAACGAAAGUCAAGAAAUGGUUCAUGAUGAACUUAGUAUUGGUAAUACUUCUCAUUGCAAGUGAUCACUACAGGGGUGUACUCUGGCAGCAAUUUUAUUUGCAUGCUUCGAGCUUUUCCUACUUGUUGUUACUUUGCAGAAUUCAAUUUCUCUGUCCAGAACAAAAUGUAACGUGGCACCGUAGCAUGAUUGAGUGUUUAUCACUAGUUUAUAUCAAUUUAUUUUAUAUAUCAUGUU